CAAAUCAAAAUGGCAUCCCGCUUCAUUGUUGUCUUCAGCGCCAUAAUCGUCCUGGCUCAAGGAUCGAAUAUUUUGCCCAUCGAACAGGAGUCAGAGGUUGCUGUUCACUCAGGAGUGCCCUUGUCUGGAGCUCCGGCUGUCGUAGUUUCCCAUGGACACCCAUCUGUGCACCAGCCCCAACGUCCCAUCUACAGCCAUGGCCCAGGCCCAGUAGUAUCUGCACCACUUGGAGGACAUCCCAGAAUACUCGGAUCUGGAUUGGCUGGACCUCGACCCUAUGUGGCUGCUCCUCUUCAUUCGGCUCCUGUAUCCUAUGUUCGUCCUGCUACUGUGGUGGUUCCCGCUCCUCGAGUGGUUGUUCCUGCUCCCCGUGUCGUGGUUCCUGCUCCUCGAGUGGUGGUUGCUCAUCCUGCCCCGGUUGUGGUUGCAUCUGGUCACGGCAACUCCAUAAAUCAUGAUAGCGGCUUGAUGAGUGUCCUGGUCGUCCUGGUCAAAGGAUCGCACAUAUUGCCAUUGGAGCCGGAGUCCGCUGUUGAAGCUCAUUCUGCCGGAGGUGUUUCUUCACAAGGGGCCAUUAGUUUUCCAGAAACGAGACCAGCUCCAGGAUCCCAGUCUCAAUCAUCAGCUCCUCGUCCUGUGGGAGCACCUCGCUCUGUGGGAGCACUUCGUCCUGCUGUUGCUCCUCGUCGUCAGGCUGGAUCCAAAUCCCGUCCUUCAGUUGUCGUCAACUCCGGACGUCCCAUUGGCGGAGGAACUGGUCAUGGCCAGAAUCGCAAUCGCAUCCAGAAACCCUACUAA